GUUUCCUUCUUCAUUCCUUGUUGAUCUCUCUUCACAAUUAUCCAUCAAAUUGUGUUCUAGUAGAGAGAUUCGAACACAAUGGAGUGAGAUCCCUUCAAAAUAAACAAAAAAUCUUCCCAAUCACAAAAAUCAAGAAAUUGUUCUGAACAAUUUAAAAAAAAUCUGGAAGGGUGCAGAUCUGAUCUGAAUCAGUUCCGGCCAGAUCGGAACUGGCCGGUCAACCGGAGCAGCUCAAAGUCAGAGGGAGGAAGCAGAUCCGACCCAGUCCGGCAACUAGCAGCUCCUUCCUCGUCUGCCGAGGUGGGACCGCCUCUGUUAGCUCAUUCAUUCGCCUCUCGCCUUCUCCAGCCAUAACCCUCUCUAGCUUCACGAACUGUGUCCGCCAUUAAUGGUCGCUAGGAAGCUCUGUUCUCGAACCACAAGCGAACGUGAAGAUAUCGUGGGCCGUUGCUGCUAAACAACUGGAACUACCUCCGAUAAACAUAGCUUGAGGAGCCUACUUGUCAAGGACGUCCCAUUUUCGAGCUCCGCCGCGAGGAGAGCUCUUAGUCGCAACCAGAGAUUUUCUACAACCCAUGCUGACAACGACAACGACUGAGGACCUGUCUGGGCCUCCCCUCUCCGGUCGGAAAGCGGCGACCUCUUUUUUCGCCCUUGCUGACGGAGACCGUACGUGACGAGCGGCCAGCUGCGACCAGAUCCGUGUCCCCCUUUCCGGCGGCCGCGAUAAGAAAAGCUGGUUCCGCCGUGUGACCAGCCGACAUCAUUUGCAAAAGAGCCUGGGCCGAGGACUUCAGUUGACUCAGUCAACAAUUAAAAGUCCCGCUGGAUUCUUUGGGCUAAGAGAGAAGAAGUGGGCCAGGCCAUGUAUGGUCCAAUUAAAUAGUUCAACGGACCUCAAUUUCAGUAACAUAUUUCAGCCCAGAUGCUGGAAGAGACGGUUGGAGGUUGUGCAUGAGAUUGCUGAAAUUGUAGCACUUGUUGCUAAAGGCAAUAUUUAUCCCCACCAGACACCAGUUGCUGAAAAUUUGUGUCUAUAAGGGUUUUUUUAUUGGUUGCGCGUGUCAGCAACAAGCAGGGGCGUAUUGGGCCUAUGGCCAGGGAAGGCCAAGGCCCAAUGCUCGAAUUUUAAAAAAUGUUAAGGUCCGUUAGUCCAUUCAUCCGUUGCACGGAUCCGGCGUCUCUGCCUUGGUUAAGCAGCCAAGGAGGGUGCCUGGCUGUUUUCAUCCAUCAGAUCAAAAAAUGAAGGGUUGAAGAUGAAGGGCUCCAUUUUUUGCACGAAUCUCGAGGCCUACUUUUCAAUCUGUGCCGUCCAUUUGAGUAAGGCACCUCUGCCUUAAGGCAGAGGAUCCCAAUCCAUCCGUUGCACUCCACACGAGUCUCUCCUAGCGUUCUAGGCCUCUAGCGAAGCCCAUAAUUGGAAAAUGGCUCAAAAUCAGAAAAUCCCAAGUUAGCAGGGGAAGAGGUAGCAGCCUAGCAGUCCGCAUCUUUCCGCUUCGGCAAAACCCCCCCAAAGGCCACGUCCCAAUUUCCAACCUAGCAAUCCUCGUCGAUCGUAAGUCGCUGCCUUUCUGGUCGCACGCAACACUCGGACGGCGCACAACGGUAAUGAGUGUUUUGGUUUCCGGCGUUCUGCUCUAAUUGAGAGGCGCGAGAGCUGCUCUUCAGUGGUAAGGUGAGGCCUGAGAUUCCGAGAACUGCCUAAGUCAUGGCGAAGUGGCUAAGAUCACAUCUAAGGUGGUAGUUAUGAGAAGGAUUAUGAUUUUUUCAUUCAGCGUUUUCCUCUACUUCCUGUGAUAUGUGCAAGUAUUCUUACGAAUGAAGAUUGGGAGGAUGAGAUCCUGAGUGAUCACAAACACUACAACUCAACAUAUAGAUGAGGUUAGCUAUGAUCUUCUAUGUGUUUUCUUUAUUUAAAAUUACUCUUCUACAUAUGUAUUCAAAAGAAGUGCUAAAUAUGAAAUAUUAUCCAUGAAUUCAUAUAAUAUAUGUAUAUACUAUAUUCUAGUGUUCCUUUUUGUAGCUGCACACAGAAAAUGCUUUCAGAAAGUUUAUUUGAGUUCGUGUUGACAAUUUCAGUGCUCCAUUGCUGUUUUUUAUGCCAAUCAAUUCCUUUUUGCGUUUAUGUAAUAUUUCAGUGCUGUUUUUUUAUGCCAUUCAAUUUCUUGCUGAUGAGAAGACUAAUACUCAUAAUUGGCGAGUUUCUAGUGCAUUGUUACGGGAAGAGGUGAUAAACUCUUGUGGCACAGAGGGUAUAAGUGCUACGAUUGAAUCUGCAGAAAAAAGGUUAAAGGAACCUCAGAAAGAGAAGAUUACUGGGAUCACGGGUUGGUGGAGAGUGCGGGAAGCUACCGUCUUUGCUUUUUCUAGUGUCAAAGUAGCUACUUGUAACAGAAGUUUCUGGAAAUUGUGGUGGUACUCUAAGAAUGAUUUUGGAGAAAAUUCUUGUAGAACACAUUGCAAUAGGGUUUGAUGAAGAUCCUUUUCUUUAUGCUCUUAUGUUUUUAACCGUUGCUAAGUUUUCUUUUGAUCAACCGGGGGAUUAAUGAGCAGUUUGUGUAUUCGGCUGUAAAGGCAAUUGAUAGGGAUGUGCCUCUGUAAAACCAGAUGCUAGUCGAGAACUUUCACAGCUUGUAACUGCAGACCUCAGGAGUCAUUUGGCCACAUCCAGGACUCAAUUUCAUCGCUCACCAAGUGACUGAAGCAUACACCUGAUGUGCAUUUUGGGUGCUUGAGACACUAAGGCUGCUGUCAGGACAGACCCUUUUGCCAAAAUUUAUGUUCUAGAAGUUUUAGAGGCAAUAAAAACAGCUCCUGGUUGCAUCCAGCCUUUGAUUUCUUGAAUUUUACCUUAUGUUGGACAUGUGCAGUUGUAAAUCACAUUAUUGACAAUGUUGUUGAAGGAUGCAUCGGUUGAUGUCACCAAAGCUAUUGGGGAAGUUUCUUUUGAUCUUGUUAUCAGGAUAAUCUUCCAAGGCGUUGAUCACAACGAGAUGCAGGAAAUGGGAUAGAGUGGAAAUCAAAAUGUGAAGGAAGUGAUGAUGAAGGUUCAAGCCAUGCAGCUCAUGGUCUAAGGAUGAUGAGACCCGAAAUUUCACAAAUACUACAGCUCAACAUACAUAUGAGCGCGUAAUAGGUGAUGGUUGGGAAAGAUUUAUGAUUUUUCAUUAGCCGUUUUCGUCAACUUCCAGUGGCAUUUACAAGUAUUCUCACGGAUGAUGAUUGGAAUGGUGAUAUCCUAAGUACACAAAUACUAAAACUCAACACAUAGAUAAUGCAGGUGCCUAGUUUUUUUGAAAAGGGAUGUGCCACAGUGAGGAACGUUUUAUAGCAGAAACAAGAACACCAACAAUCAACUGGUGGUGGUGGUUGCUUGUGCAAUACAUGACACAUAAUUUGACUCUUAAGCACAUUUUCAUAUUUAACCAUCAUUUGAGAAACACUGCAGUUUGAAGACCAUUAGUGACUGAUGAAGAAGAGGAAAAUUGGUGUUGGGAGCCAGCAAAAUGCCCUGUAUUUACUAUUGCCCUGUAUUUUCUCUUCGCCGCUGAGGACAAACAUUACGUCGAGGUCACAAAAUGCAUUGUUCUACAUUUUCCAGUUCAUUCGUGUGGUUUGGCUCUUCACGAUUAUCAUCUUGAUAGGGUCUAACUAACAUAGCAUCUACUGUGAUUGGAGAAAUAGGCACCUUUACCAGAAAUUGAGUUGCUUGGAAUCAAGUGUUCUUGAGAGUGGACAUAGUUUGUUGCUAUUCGAUUAUCUUCACCAUGGUUUGAUCUAUUAACCUCAAAGACAGGGGGGAAAGCAGCCAGGAACUUGGCAAAACUGACCCUUUCCAGGCAAUUCUUCAUUGUCUGGAAAGGGUUGUAUUGUUUGCUUAACCUUUACUUCACAAGGUUUGUAUUGUUUGCUUAGUGUUUAUGCUUAUUGUUUGCUUAUAGCACCAUUAUUGGUGUGCCCUCCAUCUUGGUGUUACUUUAGUUUGCCAGAAUGACUGGGGAGGGUGUAUGUACCUUUUAUACAUGACUAUUUCUGAAAUUAGUUCAGAACAACAAAUCUGCCACCAAAAAGCCGAUUACACUCAUGACCCUUGUGUUCUACUUUACGGGUUGAGGUAAAAUAUACUAGGAGUAAAGGAAAUUAAGGUGCGACCAAGUGCAGUUCUAUUUUUUGAAUCAGUACUCUCUUAGUUUUUUGGUGUGCAUUUUCUGAAUACGAUACGACGUACUAAAUAAAAUACAUGUUUUGGAAAAAUAUACUGCGUAUUUGUUAAAUUAUUGAUUAUAUCUGAACUUUAAUGACAUUCUGGAGCUUCAGAAUGUCAAGUAAGCAUUUCCAGAUGAGCUCUGAGGGGAUAUAAGAAGAAAAAGAGUGCCUAAUUUCUCUUGCUGCAUCAUGUAUAUGUAUGGUUACUGUAGCUACAACAUGAAUCCAGCUGCAAGUUAAGUAAUGGUUUUUGGAUGUUAGAUCAUGGCAAAUUAGCAAGUCUUAC